AGGGUCGCCAUGUCUUCCUUUGGCCUCGCCAUUGCGCUGCUGCUGCUGCUGCUGCUCUGCUUGACCUCUCCAGUCCUCUCAUGCACCAGCCAGGAGAAAGGCUCCCUCCUCCGGUUCCUCGCCGGGCUAUCGCGGCGCGGCGGCCUGCCGGCGUCGUGGCGCAGCAGCACGGAUUGCUGCUCGUGGGAAGGCAUCGCUUGCGACGGCGACGGCGGCGCUGUCGUUGAGGUCUCCCUGGCGUCGAGAGGCCUCGAAGGGCGCAUCUCACCGGCCCUCGCCAACCUCACCGGGCUGUUGCGCCUCAAUCUGUCCCACAACUCCAUCACCGGCCGCCUCCCGCCGGAGCUGUUGUCCUCCGGCAGCAUCGUCGUCCUCGACGUGAGCUUCAACAGCCUCGGUGGAGGUUUGGGGGAGCUACCAUCUUCAACGCCUGACCGGCCGCUGCAGGUACUGAACAUCUCGAGCAACAUGUUCACAGGGAUGUUUCCGUCAACGGCAUGGGAGAAAACAAGGAGCCUGGUUGCGAUCAACGCGAGCUACAACAGUUUUACUGGGGAGAUGCCUUCUUCUUUCUGCAUCAGCUCGCCGUCAUUCGCCUCGCUAGACGUUUGCAACAACAAGUUCAGUGGCAGUAUCCCCACCAGGCUAGGCAAAUGCUUUGGGCUUCAAGUGCUCAGGGCUGGCCAGAACAAUCUCAGUGGGACGAUCCCAGAUGAAGUGUUCAACGCUUCCUUGUUGGAGCACCUCUCAUUGCCAAACAUUGGAUUAGAAGGAAAGUUUGAUGGUGAAAAUGUGAUCAAGCUUCAGAAUCUGGCUGUCAUUGACCUUGGAGGAAACCAGUUCAGUGGAAAGAUUCCGGAUUCCAUAGGCCAGCUCAAGAGAUUACAGGAGCUCCAUUUGGACUGCAACAAUUUGUCUGGGGAGCUGCCAGCAUCUCUAGGGACCUGCACAGAUCUCAAAAUCGUCAAUCUCAAAGGCAACAACCUCAACGGGCAGCUUCGGCAGGUCAAUUUCUCCACCAUGCUCAAUCUGCAAGUUUUGGAUCUUAUGUUGAACAGCUUUACUGAAGAAAUUCCAGAAAGCAUCUACUCAUGCAGCAAUCUGACCGCGCUGCGCCUGUCUUCUAAUAACUUCAGUGGGCAGUUGUCACCAAGAAUAGGCAAUCUGAAGUCCCUCUCAUUUCUAUCACUUGCCAACAAUUCUUUUGCGAAUAUCACAAAUACACUUCAUGUGCUCAAGAACUCCAGGAAACUCACCACUUUGCUCAUGGCGAACAACUUCAUUGGUGAGAGGAUACCAGAUGACCUAACAGUAGAUGGAUUUGAGAACGUGCAGAUUUUAACCCUAGAUGGUUGUUCGUUGUCUGGUAAUUUACCUCUUUGGUUAUCAAAGCUUACUAGUUUGAGGAUUUUAGAUUUGUCUAACAAUCAACUGACUGGAUCAAUACCAGCAUGGAUCAAGAACCUAAACUUUCUCUACUAUCUAGAUUUAUCAAACAACAACCUUUCAGGAGAACUCCCAACAGCAUUGAUGGAGAUGCCAGUGUUACAGUCAGAAAAUUUUCAGGACAAUUUGGAUAACAGGGCAUUUGAACUCACUGUUUACAUAGGUUUCUCUGGAGAGAUCCCACAGCCGAUCUGCAACAUCAAGACAUUGCAGGUGCUCGACUUGUCAAGAAAUCAUCUAACUGGUGAAAUCCCUCAAUCUUUGAACGAACUGAACUUUCUAGCAGAGUUCAAUGUUUCUAACAACGACCUAGAAGGGCCUGUUCCAACUGGAGGCCAGUUUGACGCAUUUGCAAAGUCUAGUUUCGGCGGAAACCCAAAGCUAUGUGGCAGUAGCCUUGCUAUAACUUGUGGUUUUUCAGCAGACGCGCCUCUGGCUUCCAUCCUCUCAGCAAAACCAUUAAUCGACAAGACCGUCUUUGUGAUUGCCUUUAGUGCGUUCUUUAGUGUUGGAGUGCUGUAUGAUCAGAUGGUCUUAUCAAGGUUUUUUGGCUAG